ACUAAAGUCUCUGGGAUCACUGAGCUAACCUCUAGUCAACAGUUUAGUUCGUUAAGAAGAUUAAUUAUUUUCUAGAUUUUCAAAUUAAAAUAAUUCAAAAUGAGUAAAGCACAUCCUCCAGAACUCAAAAAAUACAUGGACAAACGUCUUUCACUAAAAUUAAACGGUGGAAGACAUGUAAUUGGAAUUUUACGUGGUUUUGACCCUUUUAUGAACAUGGUAAUUGAUGAAAGCGUAGAAGAAUGUAAAGGUGGAGUAAAAAAUAAUAUUGGUAUGGUGGUAAUUCGAGGAAACAGUGUAAUAAUGUUAGAGGCGUUAGAUAGAAUAUGAGUUAAUAGUAUAAUUAUAAAUUUAUUUUUCCAUAAUAUGAAAUUUCGAAUAAAAACUACUUUAUUAAAUAUAUA